UCACGGUGACGUGUGAAGGACGCCUUAAGCGGGAGGUCGGGGUCUCGAGCUGCCGCCACCGCCAUUUUAUAGAGAAUCAGCUCGUAACGGCCAUGUACCCGAGCUCGCUGCUCGCCCUAUCCGGGGGAAACCCCUUCAAUGCUCCCCGCUUCCAGCUCCUCACAGAACCCGCCUCCCCACAUCCACACGCCGCUAGCAAAACCUCGCUGCCCAGUGAACGCGUCGCCCCUCGCCGGCGCCUGGCUGCCGCCGCUGUCAAAGAGCAGGAGCAGUAUAGCUGCGAGUACGGCUCGGCUCGCUUCUACGCCCUGUGCGGCCUGGGCGGUAUCCUGAGCUGCGGGACGACCCACACUGCCGUGGUGCCCUUGGACCUGGUGAAGUGUCGGAUUCAGGUGGAUCCUGGAAAAUACCAGAGCAUCUUCAAAGGAUUUUCUGUCACUCUGAAAGAAGAUGGUGUUCGUGGUCUGGGAAAAGGAUGGGCUCCAACAUUUAUUGGCUAUUCAAUGCAAGGGCUAUGUAAAUUUGGUUUCUAUGAAGUUUUCAAGAACAUAUAUGGUGAAAUACUGGGUGAAGAAAAUGCUUAUCUCUGGCGUACAUCUUUAUAUCUUGCUGCAUCUGCCAGUGCUGAGUUCUUUGCUGAUAUCGCACUUGCUCCAAUGGAGGCUUGUAAGGUCCGUAUUCAGACCCAGCCUGGUUAUGCCAACACUCUGAGAGAAGCUCUUCCUAAAAUGUAUGCUGAAGAAGGCCUGUGGGCAUUUUACAAAGGUGUUUCCCCUCUGUGGAUGAGACAGAUUCCCUACACAAUGAUGAAGUUUGCUUGCUUUGAGCGCACAGUUGAAGCACUAUAUAAAUAUGUGGUGCCUAAACCUCGUGACAGUUGUACAAAAGCUGAGCAGCUGGUGGUGACAUUUAUUGCUGGCUAUAUUGCUGGUGUUUUCUGUGCUAUUGUGUCUCACCCUGCUGACUCUGUGGUGUCAGUUUUGAACAAGGAAAAAGGUAGCAGUGCAUUCCAGGUUCUGAAAAGGCUUGGACCCGUAGGAGUGUGGAAAGGACUCAUUGCUCGUAUUAUCAUGAUUGGCACGCUGACGGCUCUGCAGUGGUUUAUCUAUGACUCUGUUAAGGUCUACUUCAGACUUCCUCGUCCACCUCCCCCUGAGAUGCCAGCAUCACUGAAAAAGAAACUUGGGUUGCAGUAAAAAUGGGUGGACUUAAUUUGUUGUCCUGGCUAAGCCAGAUAUGUCGCAUCAUAAGACAUGUAAAAGAGCUAUUUAAUACUGAAAAUAUCAUGUCUGUAAUGUCAUGUUGAUGAAGCACAGCAGUGAGUGCAGCGUAUACAUCAACUCCAAUUCUGAAUAAAGAACAGUGACCCAUGUUUUUAGAUGUGUAACUUAUAAUUGGUUUAUUUAAGCAUGGUUGUGAUUUAAAACAAAUCAUUUCAUUCUGGAAAUUCAGUAUUGAUAAGCAGCUAAACCCACCUGUUUUUUGCAUUGCACCUCUUCAAUCAAGUACAAAAUGUUUCAAGCCUGUAGAUAUUUUAGUGUUGCCUAAUUUAUCUGAAUUUGUAAAUUUCAGUGCCACUUGUUAUAGGUUUUGUUGGGACAGUUAUUUAAACACUCCUUAGAUGCACCUCCUUUGGGAUUAUCUGUGUUCUGUUUUGCUGGUGGUUCUCUUCACCCUGGUGUUGGAUUCUGCAAUGUGCUGACAGCUUACACUCAUCAACUUUGAGGUUGCUCAGUUGAAGGUGCUUGAGUCAUUGGUGUGUGGGAGUAAUACCCCUGCAUUGCAGCCCAUCUGUUCUGAUGUCAAUGAGCAGGCUGUUAUGUACCACUUUGCUGCUGUGUGAACAUGUUCAUCAAAAUUUGAUCUUGUUUAAAUGUUGCAAUAAAAUGAGAAGUUCGCAAGUUAUUCUAGCUGCUUAAUGACCCCAUGACACUAUUGCUGGUUGUGCAGAAUCACCUUUUUGAUACAGCAGUGGCUACAUCAAGAAGUGACUGAGAUUUUGACAGUAAAAUAGCUGUGACAUUUGGGGAAUUGCAAUAUUUUUACAUUUUGCCAUUUCAAAGUGUUAAAUGUUUAAUAAUCUGUCUUCCACUAAAAUGGAACCAAGACUCAUUUUGUACAUGUUAUUUACUGUAGGUUCCACUCUGGUCUUUUGGUUAUUUGGGUCAAUAAGCAUUAAAGAAUAUUUGCAACAGUCA